GUCGCCCGCACCAUGUCCGCGGCCGCCUACAUGGACUUCGUGGCUGCCCAGUGUCUGGUUUCCAUUUCGAACCGCGCUGCGGUGCCGGAGCAUGGGGGCGCUCCGGACGCCGAGCGGCUGCGACUACCUGAGCGUGAGGUGACCAAGGAGCACGGUGACCCGGGGGACACCUGGAAGGAUUAUUGCACGCUGGUCACCAUCGCCAAGAGCUUGUUGGACCUGAACAAGUACCGACCCAUCCAGACCCCUUCGGUGUGCAGCGACAGCCUGGAGAGUCCUGAUGAGGAUAUGGGAUCCGACAGCGACGUGACCACCGAAUCUGGGUCGAGUCCUUCCCACAGCCCGGAGGAGAGACAGGAUCCUGGCAGCGCGCCCAGCCCGCUCUCCCUCCUCCACCCUGGAGUGGCUGCGAAGGGGAAACACGCCUCCGAAAAGAGGCACAAGUGCCCCUACAGUGGCUGUGGGAAAGUCUAUGGAAAAUCCUCCCAUCUCAAAGCCCAUUACAGAGUGCAUACAGGUGAACGGCCCUUUCCUUGCACGUGGCCAGACUGCCUUAAAAAGUUCUCACGCUCAGAUGAGCUGACCCGCCACUACCGGACCCACACUGGGGAGAAGCAGUUCCGCUGUCCGCUGUGUGAGAAGCGCUUCAUGCGGAGUGACCACCUGACCAAGCACGCCCGGAGGCACACGGAGUUCCACCCCAGCAUGAUCAAGCGAUCAAAAAAGGCGCUGGCCAACCCUUUGUGAGGUGCUGCCCCCCCGAAGCCAGGGAGGGACUGACCGGGAAGGACAGAGCUACUCCCAGCAAAUGGACAGACACGUGGGAAUCACGGCCCGAAGAGGCACACAGCCCGCACAGGAAGUCACUGUUCUUUGGUCACUAGUCUAAUUUUCCUCUCCCUGCGUUGUUUUUAAAAAGCACAUUGUAGCCUAAGAUCAAAGUCAACACUUGGUCCCCUUGCAGAGGCAACUUGGAACCACCGUCUCUGACUGUUGGAGGGAAGGCAAAUGUUCUUUGUUUUUUUUCCUCUCUCCUUCAAUUUUUUUUUUUUUUUUUUUUUGGCAGGGGCGGUGGGUGGGGGGUGGGGGGAGGGGUUAGGCCAAGUCUGGGGUAGAAUUUUAAAGAUUCAACACUGGUGUACAUAUGUCUGACUGGGUGAAUUGACCUGUGGCGUCACACAGUGAUUCUGGGCCCUUUCUGCUUGCUGUCUCAAAAUUGUUUUCUUACCUUCUAAUGUAAUGACGAGUGUGCUUCGGUUUCUUUAGCAAAACCACUCUCUUGAAUCACGUUACCUUUUGAGAUACAAAACGCCAUAGCACAGCUGUCUUUAUGCAAGCAAGAGCACAUCUACUCCAGCAUGAUCUGUCAUCUAAAGACUUGAAAACAAAAGUUACUUCUAGUCAAUGGGUAAGCAGUCUGAAUUUAUACUAAUCAAGACAAACCUUUGAAAGGUUACACUAAGUACAGAACUUUCAAACCUUGCUUUGUAUGAAUUGUACUUUUUGAACAUAAGCUGCACUUUUAUUUUCUAACGCAGAGGAUAAGUUAAAUACAUGCUUUAAGGGUAGAAGCAGACAUUCUGUUUGGAACCACGUUAUAAUCUGCUUAUUUUAUAGUAUACACGUUUUCCUAGGAAAUCAUGGCAGAGAUGUGAGGGCAGAAGAUAUACAACAGAUGCUAAAGGAGAAGGAGGGUAGUAUUUGUUUAUUUUAAAAAGAGCAAACAAUUCUAACUCUAUUAACUUUUCCAAAUUUUCCAAUCCUUUUAAUUAACCUCAUCUUACUGUACCAUAAUGCCACGGAGGGAGAGGGCUUUGACUCUGUUGGGUUUUAUUUGAAUGGGUGCAAAACAGUCACUAGCUGUGGAAACGUCUAUUUUUGGGGGGAAAUGUUUAUUGGUUACUUUCCCAUAUUCCUACAAAACUCCCACUAACAGUGCAGGAGUUAUGUAAAAGGAAAAGGGAGCUGCAAUGUGAAAAGAAAAAUAACAUACCCCUAUUGGUAGUGAGUGCUAAGGGAAAAUGCCACGAUGAUUUCAGAGAAGACUGCAAAAUUAUCCCUUCUGGAGAAGGAAGGCACAUGGAGUCUGUAGGAAUGAGAAGGCAUCACUGUAUCUUUCGCGUCAGUAGCCUCACCACUAUAGAUCUUCUAUCCAGGUGUCUAAAAUGGCCUCAACCACUACAUCCAUAAUAUGCCAUUUACCUGAAAACUUCAUUUUGGCCUUUACAUGGUCAGAAAAAUGAACUGAGUUCUCAUCGUUAAAAGAAACCUCAAAUAGAGGAGUCAGCAGUGAUCGUGGGGGAAAUGUUUACAUUUUUUUUUUCAUCAGAAACGAUGUUUUCUGACAAUUUUAUCUGAUAUUUAAAACAGGGAGCUCUGAUGCACUCUUGUUUAUACGUGUGCUAUAAGAUGUGGUGUGUAAACGUGUGGGGUGCCCACCUAUGGGUAAUUUCACCUGACACAUGCGAGUUUCCAGUUCAGAACCAGCAUGGGCGCCUGCAGCCGGCAUGGGUCACAGCUGACUCCAACUUCCAAUACAAUAGCCAUCACUAGCACGGUGUGUUUUCUCUUUUUGUUUGUUUAACCAACGUAGUUGUAUUAGCAGUUCUAUAAAGAGAACCGCUUUUAACAUUAGGGACUGGGAGCAGUCCAUGGGAUAAAAAGGAAAGUGUUUUCUCACGGGAAAACAUGUCAGGAAAAAUAAAGAACACUUUCUACCUCUGUUUCAGAUUUUUGAAACGCUUAUUUUAAACCAAAUUUUAAUUUCUGUGUCCAAAAUAAGUUUUAAGGACAUCUGUUCUUCCAUAUGAAAUAGGUUAGGCUGCCUAUUUCUUACUGAACUCAUGGAAUGGUUCUGCUUGUGAUCCUCUGCACGCUGCCUUUUAGUGAGUGAGGAGUUUGGGGUUGCCUUAGCAACCCACUAACUUGUACAAACUCAUCUUUCCCUCACAGAAUGAAAGGAAGGAAAACCAAGCAAAGUCAGUGAAAGACAAUCCUUGUAGUUUCAGGAGUAAAUCUAUAUGUGGCUUUUGUCCAGCACUUAGAUGGAUGUAAGUGCAGCAACUUGUUUAAAAAAAAAAUGCACAAUUUACUUCCCAAAAAAAGUUGCUACUUGCCUUUUUGAGUUGUUAAGGAACACACAUUUGAUAUUCUCUUAUAUGUUAUAGUAACGUAACGUAUAAACUCAAGGCUUUUUAUUCUUUGUGAUAAAUCCUGUUUUAAAAUGUCACAAAACAGGAACCAGCAUUCUAAUUAGAUUUACUCUAUCAAGAUAUGGUUCAAAUAGGACUACUAGAGUUCGUUGAACACUAAAACUAUGAAACAAUUACUUUUUAUAUUAAAAAGACCAUGGAUUUAACUUAAAAAAAUCCAAAUGCAGGAUAGUAAUUUUUGUUUACUUUUUUAACCAAACUGAAUUUUUUGAAAGACUAUUGCAGGUGUUUAAAAAGAAAGAAAAAUUGUUUUAUCUAAUACUGUAAGUAGUUGUCAUAUUCUGGACAAUUUCCUAGUUUUAGAGUUAAGAUAACUCCUCUCCUUGGUUAGGGAAGAAGAAAGCCCUUCACCACUGUGGAAUGAUGCCCUGGCUUUAAGGUGUAGCUCUACAUCAUGCUUCUUCUUUUGAGAAUUAUAUUUGGUAGUUAUACUUACAGACACUGAUUAGUUGUCAGUUUGCAGGUAGAUUUAGCACAGUACUCAUCACUCUGGAUAGAUUGAGAUGUUCUUUCACAACAGAUGAACGAUCUGUAUCACUGUAAGACACGGAUCUUUACAACUGUUUAAUCAGUUUUAUUUUUGUACAGUAUUAGUGACCUAAGUUAUUUUGUUGUCCCGUUUUUGUAAAUCAAAUGAAAUUAUAAAAGAGGAUUCUGACAGUAGGUAUUUUGUACAUAUGUAUAUAUGUUGUCCAAAUAAAAAUAAUAAAUGAUAAA